AUGCUAACUCCUAGAUUUAGCAUCACUCAAGAUGAUGAGUUUCUCUUCAUCUGUAUAAAUAUCGCCACUGUUAGAUUCAACGCUUCGAGCCUAGAAAUGGUCGCUGACGACAAUCUCUUCAUAUUUCAUUUGUCACCUUACUAUUUGAGACUUCGCUUCUCCAAAGGCCUGAUAGAUGACGAGCGCUCCGAAGCAGAAUUCAAAGCGCAGGACGAAAGUAUACGUAUUCGAAUCCCCAAAGCUAACAAGGGUGAGUUCUUCGAAGACCUUGAUCUUCCGACCAAAUUGUUGGCCCGUCAAGGUGAUCUAGUUGCUGCAGAUGCUUUGGAGCCUGCUACAAAGAGCCACAAAGGCCCAUUAAUCCAAGAAAUCGAAUCUUCGGAGGACAAGAACGAGCUGCAGCAAGUAGGUGAAGAUUUCAAUUGGGAGAUUCAACAAGCACCAGCACUUGUUUCGGAUGCUGCUAAGAUCUUAACAUCAAAAUAUGGGUUUGAUGAUAAGUAUGAUACGGCUAUUGGUGUUUCAGUGGCAAAUGGAAAUGACAUCAACGAGAUAGACCAGCCAGACAAGUGUAACGGCGAGGAGCGUAUCGAGGAAAGGUUGAGAAAAGAGAACUUGAAGUUUGAUCCUGAAUACUACGUUUCUGAAUUCAUGACAGCCAAGUAUGGAAAUGAAGAUGAUUUAGAGAUCAAUGGGAUACGAACAUUACUCAAGUUCACACCACCAUUGGCUAAAAAGUUUUUAAAAUGGUACAAGCAUGCCGCAGAUAAGGACUCCAUCAUGGACAUCGAAUUUUCUGAAAAAGAACAAAACCAAAUGCAAAAUAAUCUGCCGAAGAAAACAUACCUUGUCGACGACGUCAAGAGACUUUAUUUGACUAUCCUUUCACUACUUUUCGCCUACAAUUUUGAGCAAACUGAAAAUGAAGGUAUUCAUAACUCCGAGUCAGCGUGGACUAUCGGAAAGCUGGCACCGCAAUUAUCAUUUCUGGAUCAAUUGAUCCUAAAACCGGAGGAUGCCGGAGACUUUUCCAUAAUUAAAGCACUAAUUGUUACAGGAAUUAGACGCAGUCUAAGCUACCCCCUGCACAGGAACUACGAGCUGUCCAUGAAAGUAUGGGAUUACGUUUAUUACAUUCUUCGUGGUGGUAAAAGGCUUGUAAUACAAGCACUUCUUGAUAUCCAUGAGGUAUUUCGUUUCCACGAUGUCUACUAUGUUUACAACACCAUUUUACUCAAUGACUUAUGCGCGUGGUUCAUACUUGAAGGAAACGAAAACGUAAUAAGAAGCCUUGCAAUCACUUUAAAGAAAGAACUGGAUCAUACGAAGAAGGAGGACAUCGAGUUUGAUUGCGUUUGUGGCGUUGAUGAGGAGUCAGGUCAAGUUUCUUGGGAGAAUUUAACUAUCAAAGAAAUGGAGUUUUUAUCCGAACAAGAAUAUUUACAAGACAAUGCGUCUGCUACACAGACAUAG